ACACAUGUCAUAUCUAACUUCUAAAAUCGGAAGAUGCCCUUUGGGGCACUGACAAGCUCUCUAGCUCUAUAUUUUAUACCAAAAUCGUUUCAUACCACCGCCGUAAACGCCAAAAAUUCUAUCUUUCACUUGUUUCUCCCAAAUAUCUAGGGUUCAUAAUUCAACUUUCGUCUUCAUCGUUAGCACACCAUGCGCCCCUAUUUAUCCGACUGGCAUCUCGCCUUCAGAAGAUUUAGCUCGGUCAAAUCUAAACUGAAAUCCCAUUUCCAAUUUGGAAUUUAUCAAAGCCAGCUUCUGACUAUUAAUCCCGCAGAAGAUUCAUGGUCAAAGAGGUAUGCAACUAUGCCCGAAAAAAUCCAAGACGAUGCAGUAAAAGACGAUCCCAUUUCCAAUAUGUUGGUUGACUCAUUCGGAAGAUUACACACUUAUCUAAGAAUAUCCUUAACUGAACGGUGCAAUUUACGAUGCCAAUAUUGUAUGCCAGCAGAAGGUGUCGAGCUGACCCCUAGCCCCUUAGUUAUGUCACAAAGUGAAAUUAUACGCGUAGCAAACUUAUUUGUAAGUUCUGGAGUGAAUAAAAUUCGGUUGACUGGUGGAGAGCCUAGUAUUAGGAAGGAUAUUGAAGAGAUAUGUUCACAACUGUCUAAUUUGAAAGGGCUAAAAACACUUGCGAUGACUACAAACGGGCUUGCUUUAGCAAGAAAGCUUCCGAAGUUGAAAGAUUGUGGACUUAAUUUGCUUAAUAUCAGCUUAGACACGCUUGUUCCUGCAAAAUUUGAAUUCAUGACUAGACGUAAAGGUCAUGAAAGGGUAAUAGAGUCUAUCUACAGAGCAGUUGAUUUAGGAUACAACCCUGUGAAGGUUAACUGUGUUGUGAUGCGUGGAUUCAAUGAUGAUGAAAUUUGCGAGUUUGUAGAGUUAACAAAGAAUAAACCAAUUAAUGUACGUUUUAUCGAGUUCAUGCCGUUUGAUGGUAACGUUUGGAACGUGAAGAAACUUGUAUCCUAUGCUGAGAUGCUGGACAUAGUGGGUAAACGGUUUACGGGGCUUCAAAGGAUAAAAGAUCACCCAACAGAGACUGCCAAAAAUUUUACUAUAGAUGGGCAUCAGGGCACGGUUUCGUUUAUCACAUCAAUGACAAAUCACUUUUGCAGUGGUUGCAACAGAUUGCGACUUUUAGCUGAUGGAAACCUUAAAGUAUGCCUGUUUGGUCCAUCAGAGGUUAGUUUAAGGGAUCCUAUUCGAAAUGGUGCUGAUGAUAAUGAACUGCGACAAAUUAUUUCGGCGGCGGUCAAAAGAAAGAAGGCUUCUCAUGCUGGAAUGUUUGAUAUCGCUAAGACACCAAAUAGACCAAUGAUACAUAUUGGUGGUUGACUUCCCUUUUCGCUUUCCUGUUCUUCAGAGUGCUUCAAGCUUCACAGACUUACAUACGCAGUAUAGAGCCGCAUAAAUAUACUAGAAAGUCAGUCAGGCAGGGCUGGGCUUCGGUAUUAUAAUUUUGAAAGUGUAUGGAUAAGCAAUUGUUCAUCGUAUCCAAUAAUAGUCGUGUCUGUAUUGAUAUAUAACUACCUAAAAUGCGUGUUUAUGAUUCCGGUGUUUUUUUUUGCAA